AUGAAAGUUCAUACCUUGCCGGUGUUUCUCCUCUUAGUGUCGCUAGCCUUUGGAUAUCAGCAAUACUGCAGAUGUGAAUGCAAUGAGAAAUCGGUAGUUCAGCCCAUAGAGAGGUGUGGCCUUUGCACAAAGCCCUUUUGUAUGGACCAUGAUCCGAAAUUGUGCGACGAAGAUGCGAGUGAAGACAUUCUAAUCUCUUGCUAUCAAAUCGAAUCAACUAAAGAUUCCAUUGUGGUGUACCUGUUCAUUAUAAUUGUCUGUGGAUUGGUGGCUAAUGGAUUAUAUAGACUAAUAUAUAACUAA